AUGUCACUAACAGUAAAUGACGAAUCGCCAAAACCCAAGAAAAAUGCAUUAUUGAAAAACUUAGAAAUCGAUGAUUUGAUACAUUCUCAAUUUGUUACAACUAAUACAAAUGGACAUAGGACCACAAGGAAUCUAUCCAACUCCGUUACCGAUGUAGCACAUCGAAUAAGAGGAAGUGUUCGGUCUGACAAAGACUUUAAUAAAAUAAAAAAAGGGUCAGAGGUCUCUCAGCAGACCAACGUUACAUCAGAAAUUUCCCCUAGAAACAUAGUUAAUUGGGAUAGUAAGAUGGGAACGAUAAGUUUCCCUAUUAUCGAACCUAAUAUUGAGGUCAGCGAAAAGUUGGAGGUUAGGAUUAAAUAUAAUUCAAUCAACUUUUUUAAUUUCGAAAGACUAAUAUCAAAAUCUUCAGCUAUAGCACCAUUAGUUAACAAAAAUAUAACCCCACCGGAUGCUUCAACAGGGUUUCAAGGAAGAAUAAACAGGUUAAAGAAAGCAUGGGGUAUACAAGCCGAAAACAUAGCAUACCCAUACUCUUCCGAUAAUACGCCAUUGAAGGAUAACGAUUCAUGGCAAUGGUAUAUACCAUACGGCGGAACAAUAAAAAAAAUGAAAGAUUUUAGUACAAAAAGGACUCUACCCACUUGGGAAGAUAAAAUAAAGUUUCUUACCCUUUUAGAGAAUUCUAAAUCUGCGACGUACAUUAAUGGUAACGUACCACUUUGCAACCAUAAUGAAACCGAUCGAGAAAAUGAAAAUAGAAAAAGAAGGAAAAGGAAAGUGCUAAGAAUACGAAAUAAAGUGGGGUCCUCACAAAUAGAAUACAUUGUUCUUCGAAAUUAUGAAAUUAGACCUUGGUAUACAUCUCCUUUUCCUGAAUACAUCAACCAAAACAAAAUAGUUUUCAUAUGUGAGUUCUGCUUAAAGUAUAUGACUUCUCGAUAUACUUUUUAUAGACAUCAACUAAAGUGUCAAGCUUUCAAGCCUCCCGGAAAUGAAAUUUAUCGCGAAGGCAAGCUAUCCGUUUGGGAAAUUGAUGGACGGGAGGAUGUCUUGUAUUGUCAAAAUCUUUGCCUGCUGGCAAAAUGUUUCAUUAAUUCCAAAACUUUGUAUUAUGAUGUCGAGCCGUUUAUAUUCUAUAUCCUUACGGAAAGAGAAGAUGAAGAGAAUCUCACUCAUCAGAAUUCAGCGAAAUUCCAUUUCGUGGGCUAUUUCUCCAAGGAGAAAUUCAACUCCAAUGACUAUAACUUAAGCUGUAUUUUAACUUUACCCAUAUACCAAAGGAAAGGAUACGGUCAGUUUCUGAUGGAAUUUUCAUAUCUAUUAUCCAGAAAGGAAUCAAAAUUUGGAACUCCCGAGAAACCAUUGUCGGAUUUAGGACUGCUGACUUACAGAACGUUUUGGAAGAUGAAAUGUGCUGAAGUGCUGUUAAAAUUAAGAGACAGCGCUGAACGCCAAUCAAAUGAUAAGGAUGAAGAUUCUUUUCAACAAGUUACGCUGCAUGAUAUCGCUAAAUUAACGGGAAUGAUACCAACAGAUGUGGUGUUUGGAUUGGAACAGCUUCAAGUUUUAUAUCGCCAUAAAAAGCGCUCAUUAUCCUCUUUGAAUGAUUUUGAUUAUAUUAUUAAGAUUGAUUCUUGGAGAAGGAUUGAAAAAAUCUAUAAAAUUUGGAGUUCAAAAAACUAUCCUCGCGUUAAAUAUGACAAAUUACUGUGGGAACCCAUUAUACUAGGACCGUCAUUUGGUAUAAAUGGAAUGAUGAACUUGGAACCCACCGCAUUAGCAGAUGAAGCUCUUACAAAUGAAACUAUGGCUCCUGUAAUUUCAAAUAACACACAUAUAGAAAACUAUAACAACAGCAGAGCACAAAAUAAAAGAAGGCGAAGAAAAAGAAGCAGUGAGUACAAAACAUCCAAGCUCCAUGUAAACAAUAUCCUAGAGCCCGAAGUUCCCGUUACUGACUUUUUUCAAAACACUAUUUCCUCCUUAACAGAUUAUAUGUGUGAUUAUAACAACAUGAAAUACGACAGAUUAAUCUAUCAAGCGGAAAAAAGUGCGUUGGAAAGGAUCUAUAACCGUGAAAGGAUGCCCAGAUCAAAAUUCGAUACUGAAAAUCAUUGGGAACUCUGCUUCACCAUUAAAAACUCCGAAGUACCGUUUGAAAAUCAUACAUCGAGGAACAACGAUACCGGAAUAUCAAGUUUAGAGCAAGAUGAAGUAGAAAAUGAUAUAGAUGCUGAGCUACGUGUAGGUGGAAAUGUCGAAGAAGAUGAAGACAAAGAUUUCACGCUUGAUGAUGAUAUUGAGGAGGACCAAACAUCAGAAGAGAAUGAUGAGGAUGAUUUAGUUCUUGAAGGAGACGAGGAGGAAAGCAUAUAUGAAGAGGACAAUGAUGAUGAUGAGGAAGGGGAGGAAAAAGAACAAGAAGAGGAUGAAAACGAUAUAGGUAACCACAGAAAGGAAGGAAGAGUAAGAAAAAGGAGGAAAGUCACACUGAUAGAGGAUGAUGAAGAAUGA